UCAAAUUCAAGAAACUGCUAAUAACUUGGAAAUUCCCUAGAAUCUGUGGCCGGGACGUCACACCUCUCCCGCGUGUAGCGUGCAUCCGGUCGGGCGCAUCUUAUCUUAUCGUACGAUGAACGGAAACGAAGUUACGGCAAAACCUUUGCGAUCGUGUAUGCAGGGAUGUGUACGCUGCUUCCAGGUUACGGAAACGUCGAAUUAACAUCGUGACGUCAUAUGUCACGUCACAGCGAAUUUUGCGACUGAUCCGAAAAAUGUAAUCCGCGCGCAACGUUUGCGAGUACAUCCUGGCCCGUCUGUGAUAACGCGAAAGCACACAUGGAGGAGUUUAAUAUAAAAAACGAACGUGAACUCUUGACUUCCUUGGAGCCGAUCCUGAAUUCCACCGAAAAUAAUCUCCACAAAUUCAUAAUCCCGCGAACCUUUGCAGCAAGUAAUCCCAAAUGUGGAUCUUGCAACGGGGAAACGAACGGCCAACGGGGAGACGAACAGAGCGCGAGGGAAAUAACAGCGUUGAAAUCGGAAUGCAAAGAAUUGCGUGCUCGGGUCGAGCGUUUAACGGGAGAGAAGGACGCCGCGUUCGAAGAGAUGGAACGCUUGAAAGAUCAACUAUUAAGUCAGAGUACCUAUUGCGCAAGCCUCGGGGCGAUAUUAGGUAACUUGACGUGGCGUGCCUCCAGAUUCCCGCAAAUAGUCGAUAUUUGGCUAUCGACCUUUCAGGACAAGAUAGGAGAAUUUCUGUCGUUAAUAAACGGGACUUUUGAGGCGUUCGUUGAUACUUACAAAGGCGCGUUUCCUCCAACGAGUAACGUCGAGUAUCAGUUCAUGAUGGGACUCCUCGGUAUCGUUACCAACGUAUCCGCGAGCCCGGAAGGUCGCCAAUUUUUAAUCACAAAUUCCAACGGUAUGGAAUUUGUGCGGAAGAUGGUUAAACUCACGCCCGAAUUACCAUUAGCACCCGGUGUAUUGCCUUUAAAAAAAUUAAUACUGAUGGUCCUGUACAACGUGAGCUUGAACAAAACCGGCUUGCAGUAUCUGCUCGAGUUGCACGUGGGAGACACGUUAAGUCAUUGUCUGGAGGAGGAUAAACUGUCGGAGAAGAAAUCCUCGGAAGAAUUGCAACUGCUCUGCCUUCGCAUACUGCAAUCCGUCACUUACGACCUCAGGAAACCAGAAUACAUUCGGGAUCUCACCACGAAGAUCCCGAUCGAAAGAAUCAAGACCAUGAUGUUCGCGCCGCGGAGCGACAUAAGCGAAGUGGCGAAACAAGUCGUCAGGCAUUUACGGGACAGCUAAAAAAAUUCUCAAGCGUUUGAUAUCUCGCUUGAUGUAUCGCGAAGCUGAAUGGAUUUCCUCUCCCUACGAAUGCAUUACAUUUUGCAAAAACAUUUCGUUAAACGCUUUUCUUGUUUUUCUCACAUAAAAUAUGUUUUUCUCAUGUUUAACAUACCUAUAAGUGUUACAUAUGAUAGUCGUACGUCACAAUAGUCUAUAAAUUUGAUCGGACAUUAAUUUCUCAAUUUUGUUUUGUACGUAACGUAUAGAUUAUGUUAGUGAUAUUUACUACCGUUAAACUUCUCGACGCGCGAAUCUACUUCACUAUCAUUACAGCCAAUAAUAGACUACUACCAGACUACGGAACUACCAUCCUUGAAACAUAUGUUGGCAGCUACUACCACGAGGGUUGUCGACAAUAUCGAUCUGCAAAGAGCAGGAACGAAACAAAAACGAUCGUGCGGAAUGCAGUGCGCUAUGUAAAGGCAAGUUAUUACGUUAGUCAUACAAGGGUCGCUUGAAUUAUUUUUCUGUCAAUAUUCGUCACAAUGUGACAAAACAAAUGGAUUAUAUAUAGCAAUGAUGUCAACCUCAGUUGAUAACAAGUAAACUAGUUUUCUCGA